UACACAGCUGCAGUGCAGUUGGACGUCGGCAGUUCGGUCGCAGUCCUCCCGAGCGACCAUGGGCUGGUCUCUGCGCUGCACGCUGCUGGUAGCAGUACUGGCAUCAGCAGCGUUCCAACUGACCCUCUCCACUGAUCACGGUGGAAAAGUGUUGUUAGAAGGAAAUGGAGCUGAUCUUCAGGAUGAAACCGAUGUGGCCGGACGAUUCGUGAAGUUUUUCCUUCGCCGCACCACAACUUCUUUUUCAAUCGUCAGCAGUACCACAACAGUUCCCUUCACCUGCAUUAGCACGGUAGACACCGCUACUACGUGCACCGGAAGGAGGAAGAGGCGAAAGAAGAGAACUGCUGUAGCAACAACCGGACACGACCUACCAGCUCUCUCAGGGCUGACUCCGGAAGUCCAGUCGUCGAUUAGAACGGAAGCGGAGGGCACAGAUAACGCUCCUGAUCAGGAGAACCGGCUACUUACGUCGUGGUCGACAUUCACGACCAUCAUCACCUCCGUCAGCACUGUCACUACGUUUGGCGUCAGCGUCAGUCUCAGCGUUGCGUGCACGAUUGGUGGGGUCAACUUCGCUCCCUUGUGCUAGCUGAUGUCUACGUAAACAGGCUCUAUGCUGCUUUGCCCCGACAGUGUGCAAUUGACAUUAUCGUCUUAUAAUGCAGGCUGCUGAGUAUGUAUGCGUUGUUAUUGUUGCCUCUGCGUGGUCGGUGCCGGUGUACUCCAUGGCUACGCAGCCUGUUACUUUGUUAAACUGCUUACAUUAUUUGUUGCAAUACAUCAGCCUUCCAUGUGAAA